ACCGUUUUCUGGAUUUUGAAAAGAAUAAAAUACGCUAAGUGAGUGAUAUUCAGUGAAGGUAAUCAGCGAAACCAUCAAAGAUCGUAAAAUGUAAACUUACCGGAAGUUCAAGCAUUGCGUAACCGUGUGCGCGUUGAACCCUAUAAGUGAUUAUAAAAAUGAACCCAAUCUUGAACGGAACAAACCUGCAAAAAUGUACAAUUUAUUGUGUGACCCCUGACUGCCGUCAAUGAGUCUUGCCUGUGCUAAUCGAGACGAAUCGGUGGUGCGCAAGGGGAGUAGCUGUUGCAGCAACGGCAGGUGUGGCCGUUAUCAGCGGACAAUCGCUGCACUUUGCAGAAGACGACAGCAGCGGCGCAAUUCAGUAGCCAUCAACAGAGUGGUGGAAGCGGGCGGAGGGCUGACGGAAGCGGCACUACCAACGAUAUCAUAGCAGCAACACGGUGGCCAUCGUCGUCAGUAUUUGUCCACGCCAUUAUCCUCGCCGCCACCGCCAGCGCCAGCACGAUCACUACCACCGGCAGCGUCGCUAGUGGUUUCCCGCGCCCGACGUAGACUAAUGCAGUGGAGGAAGUUUGCACGGCUGAAAACGACUGCUACGACUGCUGGACAUUCGCGUACGCGGAGAAUGCUUUGCUGUGGCCGCAGAAAGGAAAAUGGAAGAUCAGUGCCUGACCUCACCGCAAGUCCGGGCCGUGCGCCGCCCGGCCCAAUGCCCUCGCACCAACAGCAGCAGCAGCCCGGCCAGGGCAUCAUGCAGCAGCGCAAUCAGUACGGCCAACUGCAGCAGGGUGGUGAACAGCGCGGCAUGGGGGGACCCGGUCCCGGUGGCGGCGGCGGUGGCAGCGGUGCCAACAAGGAACCAGUAUUACUACAGGGCGACUUCCGGAAGGUGUCCGGCAUCAGUUCGGAGAUCUUUCGGCAGAUCGAAGCGGUGGAAAACGACCACGACCCCAGUACGGCGGCAGCGCUGGAGGCUGUGGAAAGACGUGGUGAAAUGAUAGUGCGAAUUCUGGAACCCCGUUGCAUGGGAAGUCGACAGGCGGUCGAAGCCGGGCAAAAGUUUCUCAAUAAGGCCGACGCUCGGCACACGGUGCAGCUGGUGGAAAUUGUCAAACGACCUGGCCAAACUCUGGGACUGUACAUUCGGGAAGGUAAUGGAGCGGAUCGAUCCGAUGGUGUGUUCAUCUCGCGAAUAGCUCUGGAAUCGGCGGUUUACAACAGCGGCUGUCUGAGGGUUGGAGACGAAAUUUUGGCCGUCAACCUGGUGGACGUCACACGGAUGUCACUGGACGAUGUAGUCAUAAUUAUGUCCAUACCCAGACGACUGGUGUUGGCCAUCCGCCAGCGCCGUGGAUCUCGCGGCGCAAAUUCUCCAGGGCCACCUCAAAUGUCGCGCCCGGAGCAAAAACCGCCGCCAGUGGUCGUCAUCAAACGAGACCUAAGGGAUGACGAUCUGGAUGAUUCGGAUCGGGCGCCACGUUCAUCGAGAUCCACCAGAGUGCGUCGAAUGGGAGACGGUCGAGAAAUGACCCAGUCUCACUCCCGUAUGGGACUGGGCAUCAACAGUUACAGCCCCCAGAGCGAACAGCUAGACAUGUACUACGGUCCCCGACAGGGCCAGUCAGUGGAAACACCCAGCUGGGGCUAUAAACCUCCACCACCGCCAUCGGUCAUCACCGAACAACCGAAGGGAACGCACGGCUUCCAAACUUCGCACUCGUACUAUCAGAACGCUGGCACGCUAGAAAGUCUUGCCGAAAAGGUGCACUCGUUCUACCCGAGCGCCAACCGACGCAUGUCUGCCGGAACCGGCGUCACCAUGUCGCAAUCCCACCAAAGGUUUCCACGGAGCGGUUCCGAUCAACACCUGCCGCGAGUCGAAUACGCAGACUACCAAUCACUCGGGAGACACGCACUGCUUCGGUCUAGCCUAAAAUCUGACCUUGUCCAAGCAGCUCCCAUCGCCGGCGGCACACUUGACCGCUACGGACGUUACGAACCUCCACCGUCAUCACGCACACCGAAAUACGGUCCAUCGCCACUGGGCGCCACUGGAUCCCUCCAAAGGCGCUCCCGUCCGGCGUUGGAUUACUCCAGCGAUACGGAAGCCACGAUCGGUCCGCGGCCUAGCUACUACUACUACAACCACCCAGCCAUGGCCAACACGAUAGCUCGAGGCAGCACCCAAGCCCUUGGAGGUGGUCCAGAAUUCGCCAAGUUUAACUCACUCCCACGCGAUCGACCCGGGUCCCGUAUGGGUCUCCGCAGCCGUAUCGCUGACCGUCUGCAGGACGAAAACGACGGAAAUCUUUCAGCUCCCGAGUACUCACUGCCCAUCCGAAGGGACCCCCGAGAUCUUCGCCAGCGUUUGACCGCCAGUCCAUCGAUCUUUACCUCGGAUGAAUACCGAGCUUGGCUGCGACGAGCACCCAGCAGUUCUGCUAUCUGCGAACAAAUGCGAGCAUCGCGCGACAUCCUAAAUCAACAGCGAGCGCAUCGGUUCUCUUGUUCCGCCGAAAACAUUCAUGACGUACUAAAGAACACCGAACACAUCUACAGCAGCAGAACGGCGCUCACUGGCGGCACACUGGACCGACAUAACCUAACCGGUGCCGGAGGUCCGCGGAUGUCAUCACUGCCGGUACGGUCUAUGUCCUCGCAACAUAUCGGGCCGUCGUCAAUUCGCUCGCCCAGUGUCCGGCGUAUGCGACAGCUGCUGGAACUGACCCAAGCUGGUCCGGGUGGCGUACCAGGAUCGGCAAUGGCAGCUCUCACCGGCCACCAGAGCCCGGCACCGACACCGAGCACAACACUGCCCCGCACCCACCGCCAGAUCGACAUUAACCCGGCCGAGUAUACUAAGUACAAGCUGGAUAAGCCAGUGGUUGACGCAAUCGGAAUGUCCGGAAUGUUGUGGAUCCAUCUGCUAGCCGGUCGCGGACUACGGGCCAUGUCUGAAACAUCACAAGCGCAGCAACCGAUGAUCCGAGAUUUGUACUGCGUACUGGAAUGCGAUCGUAUCCAUAAGGCACGUACGGUUGUGCGAUCAGGAGAUUUACAGUUCGACUGGGAUGAAUCGUUUGAGCUAGAUUUGGUGUGUAAUAAACAGUUAGAUGUCCUGGUGUAUUCGUGGGAUCCUCAGCAUCGGCACAAGCUAUGUUAUAGAGGUGCACUCUCGCUCACGACUCUCCUGCGGCAAUCACCAAUCCAUCAGUUGGCGUUGAAGGUGGAACCACGCGGUACGAUAUACCUUCGCUUGCGUCACACGGAUCCCUUCCAGUUGUACCGACGACGUGGAUUGCCCAGCCUGCGGGGUAAUGUACCGGCCUUGUUCGGUGCCGAUUUGGAAACCGUUGUAACGCGCGAAUCCAAGGGCGCUCCCGGUAGCGCUCCAGUUCCUAUCAUUCUGCGUAGAUGCGUUGAGGAAGUCGAACGGCGGGGAUUAGACAUCAUAGGCCUCUACCGAUUGUGUGGCUCUGCUACCAAAAAACGACUGCUCAGAGAAGCGUUCGAACGCAACAGCCGAGCGGUUGAACUAACUCCGGAGCAUGUGCCGGACAUUAACGUCAUUACUGGUGUUCUCAAGGAUUAUCUCCGUGAACUUCCCGAGCCAUUGUUUACGAAGUGUCUGUUCCAAAUGACGGUCGAUGCGCUAGGUGUUUGUUUACCGGACGAUCCGGAAGGUAAUGCCAAGCUAAUGCUCAGUAUUCUGGAUUGUUUGCCAAGAGCUAACAGGGCAACGCUAGUGUUCCUGUUGGAUCACCUGUCACUGGUGGUAUCCGCAUCAGAGCGAAAUAAGAUGUCCGCACAGGCACUGGCUACCGUCAUGGGCCCACCGUUGAUGCUACACUCGUCCAGUGCAGGUCCGAACGAGGAGAUCGAUCACGCACAACCGAUAGCAGUGCUAAAGUAUCUGCUGCAAAUUUGGCCGCAGCCACAGCACGGCCACGUCACUGGUACUUCAGGUCGGCGCGGCGAGCCAGUAGAGCCGCGUGGAAACAAAGCCAGUGCGUUGCCAGCGGGCAAAUCUCCGGCGCUACACCCGUCCCUCCCAUCAUCGUUGGGGGCGGCGCCGCUCAGCCUCAGCAGCAGCAGCCUCAGUCUCAGCUCCAACACCAGCCACCGAUCUCAGCACCACCAUCCAUCGUCAGCGGCGGCGUCGGCGGCGGCGGCAUCAUCCUCCCUGUCGGCGGCAUCGGGGACGGCGGCGGCGGAGGCUAUCUCCCGUUCAGUAGCCAGCAGUCCAUCAACAACCUCCUUACAACUAGGUCCGCAUCCGCUCUCAGCCACUCCCAGCAAUCUACCGUAUCAAUCAGUAGUGGCUCAGUUAGCUCAAUCCCAUCGAGCCUCGCCACAAGUGGGCCAACAGCCCCAUCAAUUGGAGGCCUCAGCGGCCUCGGCGGAGCACGGCCCAUCGCCACGUCACGUCACACCCUCCCCAAGCUCUAGUUCCACAUCGUCGGCAUCCGGAUCCGGUUCCGGUACUGAUACUAUUAAACGUGGCGCAUCACCCGCUUCGGUUAAGUUCAAAGAAUCCAGCAGUAGCUAUUCCCUGAAGUCCGAUACUAGCCGCAUCCUCAGCAGCAGCAGCAGCUUGGCAAAGAAGUUUACUCCAAAUGGGGGUGGCAACGGCGGCGAUUCCAUUGCAAAUGGUUCCUCCCCGUACGAGCAUCAUUCGCCGUCGUCCUCGAUUCUUGGCAAUGGGAACGGAGCUAUUCGGAAGCAACAGCAUCAGCGCGAUGGCAACGGCAGCACCAGCAGCACUAUCAACAAUGGACCAAAUAUCUCCUCAUCAUCAGAUUUACAACUUCCAUCCAGAAGUGUUCUUUUCUCAUCAGACUACCUAUCAUCUUCAUCGAUCUCCUCGACAGCGAUGACAUCAACGGCAGCAGCGACAAUAGUGAAGCCGCUGUCAACUCUGGACGUUGCCACUUUCAGCCUGGACGAGAAGAACAACUUGGUAGUGUCCCCGUCGCCUUCCUCGGCGUCGGAGUCGUCACACCAUUCGUCGAACUCCUCGCUACGGGAGCGAUCUCCACAGCCUUCGCCUUCGCUGAAGCGCCAGGAACCUAUCGAUCGAACCGAUAGUGCCACGAGCUCCGGUGCGGGCGGUUCGAGUUUGUUCUCCUCACUGCGCAGUCAAACGCUCGGCAGCUACCAGUUUCCGUCGAGUUCGCUGAAGUUGUCGAGUCAGCUGAGCGCUGAUUCGGCCACUUCGGCGGAUGACGGCAGCACGUCUUCGUUGCUUCGGAAGCUGACCACAUCGCUGUCGAGAUCCAUCACCAGUAAUACAGGCACAUUACCAUUAUCCUUAGGUAGGCAAGGCGCUAGUAGUGCACUAUAUCAGCAAGAAAUGAGCUAUUCGGGUGGAAGCAGCGGUAGUAGUAGUAGUGGUAAACCAACGAGUGCUUCUCUAAAUUAUGCAAACCCAGCUGGUGGUAGCGAUUUACUGAGCGGUGGCAAUGGUAAUGGGGGUAAUGCAGUUACUACUGCGGCGGCUGUCAGUAGUAUGAGCAUCUACGGGACGCUUCCGAAAAAUUCGUCAAUCUAUUCGUACGGUGGAACGUCAUCUGGUUUACUGACUGGCACGUUCAGUUCGUACGGAAUUAGUGAUAGGCUAAGGGCGUUUACCGGCAGCGGUAGUGGCAGUGCAGGGGAGGACAGUUCCAGUGGGCUGGGAUCCAGUAUGACAACGACUGCUACUACGUCUAGCUCCGGGGCGGACAGUGGAGCCGGCUCCAGUGCUGCCGACCUGGGCGCUAGCGGAUAUGACUACGAGUCGUCUGGGUUCUCGUCUGCAGGGCUGACUUCAUCCUACGGUACCACAUCGGCUUCCUCUUCCGUGUCGAUGACUACAUCGGCGGGCUCUGGGCUUUCGUCGUCAUACUUCAGUACUGGAAGCGGUAGCAGUCCUUUUGGUGGAAUAAGUGGCGAGGCAAGCAGUAGCGGUCCCCCGACGUAUCGAGUGCAAUAUUCGUCAACGAAUCCCUUCCUACCUAGUUACAAUCCUCCAAACGAUAAUGCCGGUGGUGGUGCUGCAAAUAUUGGCGGUUCAAGCGGUCGCAAUGGUGGACUAAGGUCCUCGGAUGAAGACGACUCAUUCGAUAUGAAGUAAAGUGCCACCACAGGCCACAGUUCAACUCCAACAGUAUUAGUCAAAUCGUAGCUGACCGAGGUAUUUAGAGGUCUCUUCGUUAACUGUGUAGUAGGAUAAUUACUAAUACCAACCAACAGAACCUAACAAUCAAACUUUACUUUCCUUCAUAUGGUGUAUUUUCUCCGACUACAAAACAAUCAAAACUAAGCAUUUCUUUUCUUAAAUAUUCGACACUAUUGUUUACACAAAAAUAAGCGCGUGUUUUCACGCUAUCAAGAGACUCCUUUUCUAGGUUACGUUUUUAUUACAACAAAACAGAUCUACAGGUGUAUAACACAAAAAUAGGCAAGCGUUAGAUACAAAAAUACAAAUUUUGCGGAAAACACACAAAUACUUAUCAAACUGUAUUGUAUACCGGCAGGGAAGUAGAACCUGUACCACAACAACUGAAGCAUUUACUACGAAAACGGCAUUCAGAAUCAGCAAAACUCCAACAGUUUAUAUUACUGAACGUAUGCAUUUGAUACGCUUUACUUGUCCUUCAAACGAACCAAUAAACAAAAGGAAAAUCCAAAAUAACAACAAAGAAUGCUUUACAAAACGCAAAUCCCAUUUUCAAGUUCACUCACACACAGUCAAAACAAUCCACAAGAGAGAUUAUGCUGUCAGAGAACACACUCACUUCAAUCACGUGCUAUUAACUGAUAGAUUAAGAUGCGUGAAUAAAAAAACAACAAAAACAAAUCGAAAACAAUAAGACGAAAAAGAACAAGACUUACUUUUACAUUUAAUGAAAGAGAAAAACUAAACAAACAAACGAACGAGCAUUUGUCGAUCAGUAAAUUUAAAACAAACACACACCUACACAUGGACACAACUGCACGCAUUCAAGCAUGCUUGCACGCACACGAUGAACUAAAUUUGUUAAAUAGAAAGCGCUUCGAACCAUACACACACUAUGUAAAUCAGACAGAGCAGCAUUAGUGAUUGGAUUUUGAGACCACUUAUAGCUCACAGCAGCCAUACAUCCAUUUACCCUUUCAAGAAAGCCCAUUUAUAGCGCAGUAACUUUUUACUAGGAGAUUUUUGCUGGAAGUAGUCGAA